AUGCGACUGAACCGUGUGUAUUUCUUCCUGGGAGUUUACUUCCUGGCACUUUCUUUCGUUGCCGCGGCUCCGCGGCCGGAGGAACCGGCGUUCGAACUUCCGGUACAGCUGGUCGGCUUUCCGGUAAUCAUCGCUGCUGUAAGGAUCACUAAUUUCGUGAAGAAACUAGCGUACUCUCUGAAUCCUGGGACUUACGCAAGUCGAGCGAAGCGGGAACUGCCUUUGGUUCACGACGAAGAAAUCCUUGACGUUGGCCAGGUCGAGAAGAAAAUGAUAGCUGAGCUAGGCAAUAACGUAUGCGUCUACGAGAGAAUUUGCGCCAAAUAUGCAACGCAGACGCUGCGAAAACGGAGCCGGGAACGCGAUCUCGAUUGGAACGUCGUCUUCAGCGAGUACAAAUCAUCGCCGAAUCCGACGAAGGAGAAUUAUUUAUUGAGCGUGUUCCUGGGCGACAUUGUAGGCAGCCCGAGACUCUGUCAUCAGCUGGCGAAGCGAGGAAGAGGCUGCGACGACGACGCCACGUUCACGGAUUAA